GCAGGAGGCAUCCUGCUCCUCUUGGCUGCUUUUUGUUUGCUGUUGCCUCUUCCUGUUUGUUGUUGCUUAGUAGUCCGAAGCAUGUUGGCUGUGAAAUACUCCUAUGAGCGGUGGAGUAAACAGACGGCUCAUCCGCACCUUGUAGCAGCGCAGUGACAGUGGAUGUUUGCAGCAUGGCACUGUCGGAAGAUGAUGUGAGUGCCUGGAGCUGUAAGCAGGUGGCCCAGUGGCUGAAGGAAGAAGGUUUUGGGCAGUAUGUGGAGCUACUGUGCACACAGCACCGCCUGGACGGCCUCAGUCUGCUGGCUCUGACUGAGGCCGACCUGAGGGGUCCUCCUCUGGGCCUCACGGUGCUGGGAGACAUCAAAAGGCUAACCAUAGCCCUCCGCCAGCUCCAGAGAAAAAACCAGGCCCAGCUAGAGGAGCUGGGCCUCUCACCUUCGGACAGUCUUCCCGCCGGGCUCUCCACAGGCACUACUGGGGUCAAGUGGAGCUGCGAUGGAGCUGACGGGUGUAAUGGAGGUGAUCGCUUGUGUAACGGGACUGAGCUGCGGUCAAGGAACAGCAAUAGAUCUGGAUACAGCUCAGGAGCGGUGCUGUGUCACACACACUCCAACGGGAGGUGUAGGCAGCACUUAGCUGGUAGAUUGGACCCAGAGGUUUGGAAAACAGUCAUCAGUUCCAUAUAUGUUUUUCUUGUUUUUGGAUUCACAUCUUUUGUCAUGGUCAUCGUACAUGAGCGCGUCCCUGACAUGAGGACAUACCCACCGCUGCCUGAUAUAUUCCUGGACAGUGUACCCAGAAUUCCUUGGGCUUUUGCCAUGGCUGAAGCUUGUGGUCUCAUCUUAUGUUACAUGUUUCUGUUGAUCCUGCUCCUUCACAAACACAGGUCCAUCCUCUUCAGGCGGCUGUGUUCUUUAAUGGGAACGGUGUUUUUGCUUCGUUGCUGCACCAUGUUUGCCACCUCGCUUUCUGUGCCAGGGCAGCACCUGAAGUGUGCCAGCAAGACAUAUGGUGACACCUGGGGAAAGAUACAGAGGGCUCUAACAAUCUGGAGUGGAUUUGGGAUGACUCUGACAGGCGUGCAAACCUGUGGAGACUACAUGUUCAGUGGGCACACUGUUGUCAUCACGAUGCUCAACUUCUUUGUGACUGAAUAUACUCCACGAACAUGGAAUCUGAUUCACACCAUAUCUUGGGUGUUAAACCUGUUUGGGAUUUUCUUCAUCCUGGCUGCUCACGAGCACUACUCCAUCGACGUGUUCAUCGCCUUCUACAUCACCACCCGCCUCUUCCUCUACUAUCACACCUUAGCUAACACUCGUGCCUACCAGCAUAGCCGAAGGGCACGCAUUUGGUUCCCCAUGUUCUCCUUUUUUGAGUGUAACGUGAAUGGACCCGUCCCCAACCAGUAUCACUGGCCCUUCAGUAAACCGGCCUUCAUGAAAACUCUGAUUGGAUAAAGUUGAAGUUACAGUAGUGGAAACAUGCAUGGGACUCUAAUGUGAAUGCCUUAGUGAAAAAACUUGAUAAUUUAUGAUACAAAAAAACUUAAAAACAUGUUCUCUUUGAUUAAUUUCUCUGAUAAAAGUGACAGUUGUGGAACAAUACUUUCUUACAUGUUAGAUUAGCUGUCAAUAUAGAAGUUAGCUAACUUCUAUGUUGACAUUUAGCUAAGCUUAGCACAUGGACUGGAAACCGGGGUAUAGUUGACCAGGGUCUGUUUAAGGGUACACUACCAGCACAUUUGAAAUGAUAAACUAUUUUUUAUAAACAUCAAGUUUUAGUAAUACUGAUGUUUUGAUAUUUGUUGUUUGGAUUUUUAUUUUUUUAUUUUUUAACUUUGGAUAAACGUCGUUGGUUGUUUCUGGUCUUUACGCUAAGCUAAGCUAUGCUGUCUGGCUGCUAACUAUAGAGGUUUCUCACAGGACAACAGAUUUCUCACCAUGUUGGACAUGAUACAACCACCAGUUGCUAAGAAAAAUACAUUCACCCUGUGAUUGCCGUGGUUGCAAGAAGAUCAUUGUAAACGUCUGUAGUUAGCAUGGAAGAUACCAACUUAAGUGGAAAUACUCUCUUACUAACCACUGAGUGGUAGUGAAACUUGGAAAAAGUGUAGCGCAAACCAGAAAUGGAGAUUGUCUCCAAAAUAAAAGCUGUUUCUCACGGUUUACAAUGUUAUUUUUAAAACUCAACUUCUGCUUUCACUUUAAAGUCAAAUAGUCUCUGUUUGUUGGACUUCUCACAGUUUCACUACUUUUUGGAGAGCAGUUGGUGAGUGAUUGCAGACAAGUUGCUGUCUUUCAUGCUAACUAUGGGGAAUCAAAAUAAUCUCAAAGAGGUUUUUGCCAACCAGUAGGGGAUUACUCAUUUUUCCCUAGUAACUGGUGGGGUUCGGGGUCACUGAAUGUUCUCUACACCUGUGAGAGUGGGGCCUUAUUUACUUGGCCUAUAUUGUCACAUGUCCAAAAUGGCAAAAGUUAACAUCACGUGGUUAGCAGUCACAUGACUCCAAAAAGUCAGUUUCAUAUGUACAUUAUAUCAGACGCUGAAUAAGUGUUUGUCUCAAAAUGUUGAGCAGUACCUUUAAAUGUAAUUGCACACUGCCAAAGGAAAAGAAUGAGAUUUAUUUGUUGGCUAAGCGAUGCAGGUACAUUUAUUUUCUUUGAAGAUUUGCCUUUAAAUGAUCACUUUUGUCAUUCUUAGCUUCUGCUUUGGGUUUGUUUAUUGUUCGGUGGUGGUUUGGGUUUUUGGUGGUACUUGAUAAUUACAGCAGAAAUCUAAUGAGAUAGCUGUGGGUUGAUACUGUAGUUGUGCCUCUUCGGGAGUUGAGGUGGUGAUGCCUCAGAGCUCAGGCUUUGCUGCAAACAUAUCUGACACCUGUUGGAUAGCUGCUACCAAAGGAGCACUCGUUUCUUUAGAUGUGCAAAAAAAAAAAAAAUCCUCUGCACUAACAUAAAAAAUGUCUUUUAUUUCACUUGCACUAAGAUGAAUUCACCACUGACAUAGAGCUCCCUAUAUUCAGAGUUAAACUCAAUAAAGUAUGUGAGUAUUCAUUGCAAAAAAUGUAUAUUUUGCACAUUAAACCUUAUAUGUGUAAUUGUUUCUUUAUCCCAGUUUGAUACUCUGUCAUGGUUUUCUACGAUUUUUUUUUAAUUUUAUUUCUUUUUACUGAUUGUUAAGUGGUGACUGUAGAAACAUGGAGAUAUCAUCUGUUGCCUAUAAAGCUUUAAAAGCAGUUUGUUUUUUUUUAAGCAAAGGUUCAAAAGUGCAGUGUUUACUCUGGCAGGUCUGAUCCAAACUUUAUCUCUUUAACUGUUUACAAAGCGUAUCGUUUAUCGAUGCAAGUAAUCAAUCUCUGCCUUUUGGCUCAGGAAUAAAAGUUGCUAGACA